UUCAAAAGUUACAACAAUAUUAAAGAAAAGUUGUCAAUAAUUUUUUCCUUUUCCUUUUUUUUCAGAUCAUUUGACAAUGAUAGGAGGAUUAUUUAUUUACAACCAUAAAGGAGAAGUCCUUAUCUCUCGAGUUUACAGAGACGAUAUAGGUCGUAAUGCCGUGGAUGCUUUUAGAGUUAACGUCAUUCAUGCGAGACAGCAAGUGCGCAGCCCUGUAACAAAUAUUGCUCGCACCAGUUUUUUCCACAUAAAGCGGGGAAAUAUUUGGUUGGCGGCUGUCACUAAGCAAAACGUAAAUGCCUCCAUGGUAUUCGAAUUUCUUUUAAAAAUGGUUGAAGUUAUGCAGUCAUAUUUUGGAAAAAUAAGUGAAGAAAAUGUUAAAAAUAACUUUGUUUUGAUUUAUGAAUUAUUGGAUGAAAUAUUAGAUUUUGGUUAUCCUCAAAAUACCGACACUGGUAUAUUGAAAACAUUCAUUACUCAACAAGGUGUCAAAUCUCAAACUAAAGAGGAGCAAAGCCAAAUUACAUGCCAAGUUACUGGUCACAUUGGAUGGCGUAGGGAAGGAAUAAAAUAUAGAAGAAAUGAAUUAUUCCUUGAUGUUCUGGAAUACGUUAAUCUUUUGAUGUCUCCUCAAGGUCAAGUCCUCAGUGCUCACGUUGCCGGAAAAGUAGUAAUGAAAUCAUAUUUAUCUGGAAUGCCCGAAUGCAAGUUUGGUAUAAAUGACAAAAUAACUAUGGAUAGUAAAGGAAAAACAAGUACCAUCGACGAUCCGACCAGAAGUACUGGAAAGACUUCAAUAGCUAUUGACGAUUGUCAGUUCCAUCAAUGUGUUAAGUUGAGCAAAUUUGAAAGUGAGCAUAGCAUAAGUUUUAUUCCACCAGACGGAGAAUUUGAACUCAUGAGAUAUCGCAUAACAAAGGAUAUCAGCUUUCCUUUUCGCAUCAUUCCUCUGGUUCGUGAAGUUGGAAGGACAAAAAUGGAAGUCAAAGUUGUUUUAAAAUCUAACUUCAAACCAUCUCUCAUUGGGCAAAAAAUUGAAGUUCGUAUUCCUACUCCAUUAAACACAAGUGGCGUACAGUUGAUCUGCAUGAAAGGUAAAGCUAAGUAUAAAGCCAGCGAGAAUGCCAUAGUAUGGAAAAUUAAAAGAAUGGCUGGAAUGAAAGAAACACAGUUAAGUGCUGAAAUAGAAUUACUCCAGACAGAUACAAAGAAGAAAUGGAAUAGGCCACCAAUUUCUAUGAAUUUUGAGGUUCCUUUUGCCCCUUCCGGAUUAAAAGUAAGAUAUUUGAAGGUUUUCGAACCGAAAUUGAACUACAGCGAUCACGAUGUCAUAAAAUGGGUUAGAUAUAUUGGAAGAAGUGGACUAUACGAAACGAGAUGCUAACAUAGCAGUCACUCAUUAAUAUGCGUGCAAUGCAUUGAUUAUUCAUGCAAGCAUGUCACUAUGGCAUGUUUUGAUUUAAGUAGAAUAUGUUGGCUUCGAGUGUUUUAUCGUAUAGUUUAAGCUUCCAAUACAUUCCAUUAUUUUGUGGACUGUUACGAUAAACAAAGCGAAAAAUCGAUAUAACCUAUCGAGGAAUUCUUUUCACAAUUUCAUGUACAGUAACGUCGACAUGUUCAAUUAUAAAAUAUAUAUACAAAUAUAAAUAUGCGUGUGUAACAGAAUGAUAGCAAUGUGAUACCCCCUGUUGCUCGCAUUCUGUAAUGCUUAGAAAUAAUGCAUUAUCAAACAGUUACGGUAAAGAGGGUCCACUUUGAAGUUAAUUUGUUAUAAAUGGUUGAAUGUUUGAUGUAUAUUCUAAUGGCAUCUUAUUUUAAUGAUAAAAUUACAAUGAAAUGUUUGCUUUAAUUUGAAAUGUUUAACAAUGAUGUUUAGCUGGUUGUUUAGCCAAUGUAAUUUUUUUGUUUCUUUGCUUUGUAUAUUUGACUAGCACUUCUUAUUUUGCUGAUACUGUUAGUCAUUUAGAUGCAAAUGUAUGAAUCAAUGCUUAAAUGCACAUUUAGGAAUGCAACAUUUAUUAAAAUAUAGAGAGAAAUAAAUGUGUUAUAAAGCA